GUCAACAAAGACAGCACUGUCGUCUGCUGUGCCAUGAGGGGUAGAUUAGCUAGAUCGUCACCGCAACGAACGUCAAAAGUAACGCAGUCAUGGAUGUGAACAUGGAGUCAGCAAAUGCAACUAAUGUAUCUCGCGAUGCUGUUUUGAAAAUAAUGGAUCAGAAAGACAAAAUUGAAAAAGAAAUUGCCGCUUUAAUGGAAGUUUUGGCAUCGAAUCGUGUUGGUCUUUACGACUCUUUGGUUGAUGAAGAGGGAUACCCACGUCAAGAUAUAGAUGUCUACCAAGUCAGACAUGCUCGUCAUCGAAUUAUUUGUCUUCAAAAUGACCACAAAGCCCUCAUGAAAGAAAUUGAAAAUGGACUAUAUGCUCUCCAUUCUGGUGGAGGUCUUAACCAAUCUGAUGAUCCAAUGGAUGAGAGUUCAAAGCCAAGUGGGGACCCCAUUGCAGUUGUUAAUAAAGUGACUCCUGGAUCACCAGCUUCAAUAGCAGGGUUGGAGGUUCACGACAAGAUAAUUGAAUUUGGUUCAGUAAAAGGCUCCAAUUUCCAGUCCCUUCUUAAUAUUAGUUUUGUAGCAGAGAGCUGCAUUAACCGUUCUGUACCAGUUGUAGUUUUAAGAGACAAACGCGUCGUUCGUCUUUCAAUUAUUCCCAAACCAUGGAUGGGUCCAGGAUUAUUAGGAUGCAAUAUUGUUCUCCCUGAAAAUGUUGAUAGGUAAGCAUUGGUGCACCAUGUCAAAGGGCAACAUGUAUUAAUGUUUUAAAAUUAAUAGGAUCAUAUUGCUCUCUUUUCUUUUUGAACUGGAAUGGAAACUAUUUCCUAGGGGUUAUGGAUACAAAUAUUCAAUUACAAUUAUAUUUUAAUUCAUACUUAACACAUCUACAUUCUAUAAAAAUAUACUUUGUUAUACCCAAUGUGUGUUUUUGGCACAUAAAUAGACUGUAAAAAAUUCAAAACAAAAAAAUAUAUAUAAGGUUAAGAAAA